AUGGCGAUUGGUCAACGGAAAUUCCUGCUCAUGGUGGUAGAUUACUUCUCGAAGUGGGUAGAGGCCGAGUCGCUCGCAAGGAUAACCGAGCAAAUGAAACUCAGAGAGUGGUGCGAAGGAUAUGGCAUCCAGCAAGCCUUCACCAUCGUGGCUUACCCUCAGAGCAACAGAAAAGCUAAAGUCGCCAAUCGGGAGAUCCUUCGAAUAUUACGCGCUCGGCUCGACCACGCAGGAGGUAGCUGGGUCGACAAGCUCCCAAGCGUAUUGUGGCCAAUCCGCACAACCCCAAAGGAAGGUAUCAGUGCAACUCACUUCCACCUAGUGUACGGCGGCGAGGCAGUCGUCCCCGUAGAAGUAGGAGUGGAAUCUGAUCGGGUGCAACAUUACAAUGAAGAAAACUCCGAGCGGAGGCUCAUGGAGCUCGACUUGGUCGACGAAGCUCAAGACAAAGCAGUCGUUCGCCUAACAACGUACCGGCAGAGAAUGAAGUAG